AUGGAUCUUUCUCGAAACAACUUAUCUGGUCAGAUUCCAGAUUUCUUCGAGGCCUUCAGCUCCAUGUCACUUCUCAAUUUGUCAUUCAACAACCUGGAGGGACCUGUACCAACUGGUGGGGUCUUCCAAAAUGCAAGCAAGGUGUUCGUCCAAGGGAACAAAGAGUUGUGUGCCGUUUCGUCACCAUUGAAACUGCCACGUUGCCGCACAACUGCAUCUGAACACAAGCACACCUCCAACAUACUGAAGAUAGUGGGAUUUUCUUCUCUUUCUUUGGUCCUAUUAUCAUGUAUUGGAUUCAUUUUUCUGAAGAAGAGAAACAAGGUCAAACAAGAAACACUUCCAUCCAUCAAGGGGUUCAAGAAGAUAGCAUAUGCUGAUAUAGUGAAAGCAACAAAUUGUUUCUCUUUAGCCAACUUGGUUGGCUCAGGAAACUACGGGUCCGUGUACAAAGGUAGAAUUGGGUCUGAAGAACAUGCAGUUGCUAUCAAAGUUUUCAAACUUGAUCAACUUGGAGCAACAAAGAGCUUCCUUGCUGAGUGUGAGGCCUUGAGGAACACUCGUCAUCAUAAUCUUGUAAGGGUGAUCACUGUGUGCUCAACAAUUGAUCGUGCAGGACAUGAUUUCAAAGCUCUAGUGCUUGAAUAUAUGGUCAAUGACAACCUGAAAAGUUGGCUCCAUCCAGCACCGCACGAGCAUCCUCUGAGAAGGCCAUUGAGCUUAGGUUCAAGAAUAGUAAGAGCAUCUCUAGCAGAGCCCAUAAAAAGGCGAACCGAAAAACACGAGUUCAGUGCACCGAACUCGUGUUUACGGGCGGCAGGCCGCAGAACAGAGCCCGUAUCGAAAACUGAAAAACAGAAUAUUCUGUUUUUCAAUUUCGGUUUACGCUCUCUGUUUUACGCCUCCAGGUUCCGAACCCGUAAAAGGCAGGGUUUUUCAUAG